UCUCCUCUCCCAUAUUCCUCUCGCUCCUCUCCUCCGCUCUCCUCCCGCGUAUCCUGUUGUCUCCCCAAAACCAACCCACCUCCUCUCUCUCUCUCUCUCUCUCUCUCUCGCUGUCCCUCCCUUUGUUCAUCAUCCCAUCGCUUGCCCCUUUCUUUCUCCCCUCGCAGUCGUCCUCGUUCGCCGUGUCGCCGCUGAUACGUCACUCUCCGGGCGUGCUUCCGCUCCUCCACCGCCUCACAGGAACAUUUAUCAUGGGAAGUCAGUCUGAGAACGAGCCUUCGGAGUUCAUGACGAAGAUGAAGAAAACAGUUUUUGUGGAUAACGUAUCAGGACUAGUAACAGAUUCUAUGAUCAGAAAGGCUUUUGAGCAAUUUGGUACUGUUGUGAACAUAUCCUUCAUCCCGGAUUAUCUGGAACAAAAUAAUGCUUCUAAAUGCGUUCUUGUUGAGAUGGAAAACGAAAAGAAAGCUAAGAGUUUGUUGGUAGAGACAUCAAACCUUCCAUUUAUGUUGGGUGGGAUGCCCAGGCCAAUAAGAUGCCGAAUGGCAGAGCCAGAGAUGUUCAGCGAGCGGCCUCGGAAGUCAGACAGAAAAAUGACUUGCCGCUGGAUACAGCAUAAUGAUCCAGAUUUUGAAGUUGCAAAGCGAAUGAAGGAAGUUGUGAAAAAACAUGAAGCUGAAGCUUUUGCACUUCGUAAGGAAGCUGUGUGUUUGUUUAUGAUCUGUCCUGAUGAUGUGCUGGGCCUUUUUGCAGGCUCAGCUAGAAGAGGAGGUGAUGCUUGCCAAGAAGCAAGAGGAAACACUGAAGUCCAACUUCAAGAAGCUACAGAUGAUAGAUGGUGUAGUGGAUGACGGCACCAUUCACCGGCUGGCUGACCGCUAUGGCAUACAAAUAACAGAGGAUUGACUGCUAUAUCAUAUUGGUCUUUGAAUGUGCAUUACUUUCACAGAAGUAACCUUGAUGUAUAUGUUCACUGCCAAAUUUUGCUCUUGAUAUGAGGAUAGUCUCUUCCAUUUUCUCUUCCUUCCAUUUGUUGCUAAAUUUGUCAUAGUUUGAAAAAGAUUCUUGUAUAUAAAGUGCGUCUAUUAACAUUUGUUUCU